AUGCUGCUCCUCCUCGCUGCAGUGCUCGCCGCCGCCAUCCUCGCCCUGGGACUGCGCCUGCGCGCCGUCCUGCCCCGUGGCGCGCCUCCACCCCGGCGCACCGCCCCCGCCCGGCUCGGCGUCUUCCUCGGCUCAGGCGGCCACACGGGCGAGAUGCGCGCGCUGCUCUCCGCGCUCGAUGGGGAGAAGUACGCGCCCAGGGUAUACGUCUACGGCGCGGGCGACGAGAUGAGCCUGCGCGCCGUGGCGGACGUCGAGUCGGCGCUCGGCGGGACAACAAGCAACAAGGACUACGAGCUGCUUGCGCUGCCCCGCGCGCGUGCGGUCGGCGAGGGCAAGCUCUCGACGCUGGUGUCCGCUAGCAAGACACUCGUGUUCGCGACGUGGUAUACCUUUGCGCUGCCGUUGCUCCGCCGUCCCAGCACACCGUGGGUCGACGUCCUCCUCCUCAAUGGGCCGGGCACGGCCGUUGUCCUCGUCGCGGUCGCGUAUAUUCGACGGCUCCUCGGCCUGUCGUACACGCGCAUCAUCUACGUCGAGUCCUUCGCACGCGUCAAGACGCUCUCGCUUAGCGGCAAGCUCCUCCGUCCGUUCGUCGACACGUUUGUCGUCCAGUGGCCGGAGGCUGUUGGGCCGUCUGCGACCAAGGCUGGCGCGGACGCCGACACCGCUGGCGCCGACUCGCGCACCCGCCCAUCACGUGUCACGUACCGCGGCUUCCUUGUCUAG